AUGCCUCAAGAUUCUUCUUACUUCAUUUUCAAAAGGACUUUGCUUUUCAUGUAUUCUGAGAAACUUGACUCCAUUACUCUGGAGACACUCCUAGGCUUACUUGGUCUAUUAGGGAGAAAAUCUUUUUGGUGCUAUAGGCUGCUGUCAACCUAUGUCACUAAGACACGGUAUUUAUCUGAGCUGAAGGAAUAUGAUGAUGCAUGUAAAAAAGCCCAGCAGACAGGAGCAUUUUACCGCUUUCAUAACCUGGCUCCUUUGGUUCAGAAAUCAGAACAUCAAUACCUGGCCCCCCAGCUGUACCUACUUCAAUUGGAAAGACUCCUGGGUAAGUUUGGGCAGGACAUGCAAACAACAGAAUAUUCCGUGCUAACUGGAUGCUCCGAACAGCAAGAAGCAUUGUUUGCUCUGGAUCUAGGUCUAAAUAGCUCCUCUUCCAUAAAUGCUUCCUUACAGAAACCUGAAAUGGAGACAGAGCUCAAGGGGUCUUUCACUGGGCUGAGGAAGGCUCUCUUUCAGCUGAAUGUGAAGGAUGCCUCCUUGCUAUCCAUGGCUCAGGCUCUUCUCCAUUGGCAUGAUGCUCAUCAGUUCUGCAGCAGAAGUGGACAGCCCACCAAGAAGAAUGUGGCUGGCAGCAAGCGUGUGUGCCCUUCCAAUAAGAUCAUCUAUUAUCCACAGAUGACUCCUGUGGUGAUCACUCUGGUGUCAGAUGGGACUCAAUGACUGCUUGCCCGCCAGAGUUCCUUUCCCAAGGGAAUGUAUUCUGCCUUGGCAGGUUUUUGUGAUAUAGAUGAAAGUCUGGAAGAGGCUAUCUGGCGAGAAGCUGCAGGAGAGGUGGGAUUGGAGGUGGAAAGACUGCAAUACUCUGCAUCUCAGCACUGGCCCUUUCCUAAUGGUGCACUCAUGAUUGCUUGUCAUGCAACUGUGAAACCAGGGCAGACAGAGAUCCAGGUGAACUUGAGAGAACUAGAAGCAGCUGCCUGGUUCAGUCAUGAUGAGGUGGCCACAGCCCUGAGGAAAGACAACCCAUAUUAUCAGCAACAGAAUGGGGCUUUCCCAUUCUGGUUGCCCCCCCCCAAGUUAGCCUUUACCCACCAACUGAUAAAGGAGUGGGUGGAAAAACCGACCUGUUCUAUCCUGCCUGCUUAG